AUGCGAGAUUCUCUUUUUAAACUAUUUGGCUCUAUCAGACUUAUACAAGAAGUAACAAGGUCAAAUCGGGAUUCACCAUCUCAUCAUUCAGAUUCUGCUCUUCUUGAAGAUAAUACCCCCAUGCCUAUUGCUAAUUCAGAUAAUGAUGCCAAUAAUGUUAACAUUAAUAAUCUAAUAUCUAAUGAGUCAAUAAAAGAAAAUAAUGUUAAUGAAAAUCAACAAAAUACAACAUUAGAACCACAAGAGCAAAAACAAGAACAUCAUAUAGAACCAAUACAAAAUCAAAAGGAACAAAAAAAUCAAAAGUUAACCUCUCAAACACAUACACAACCGCUUAUACAUCCUACUUCUUCUUCUCUCUUAUCACAACAAUUAACUCGUUGGUCUGUCUCGCAACCUAUACCCAUUACUUUUAGUACUUUUUCAACACCUAAUGUAGUAUCACCUCGUAAUGUUAGAAAUUUCUUGUUAAACAUGCCUUCAUCUACUACUCCUUCAUCAACAACAACAUUAACAACUAUAGUUAAACCUCAUACUCGAAGAAAUUCUAAAUACAUCAUUCGUCAUCAUCGUACUCGUCAACUUUCUUUUAAUUCCAGUAAUGCCAGUUUUUGUUCUAGUACCUCUAUACGUAAACAUCAUACCACUUAUGGUAGCAGUCAUGGUCACACAGCCAAUCUGCAACUAGAAGACCAACAAAAGAGUAAAUCUCAUAAAAUUCUUUGCUUAUGGCCUUUGCCUAUCGUAACAAGAUAUAUGAUUCUUAUUGCUCUUCUUGUUUCUACUCUUAAUUCUCUAAACAUCUUGAAUUUAUCAUGUUCUUCACCUUCUUUUGUCCUUUAUCGUCUGGACAUAAAAAAUUUGGUAUUUUCUCCUUUUUUAUUUGAUUGGACCUUACCGAGUAUCAUGCUCUAUGGUUGGAAUGUCUUAAUUUUAGGUCUCUUUGAGGAAUCAUUAUCUCAUAUCGUGAGUGGGACGCGACGAUUUAUAGAAUUACUUGUCGUUUUGUUUACGUCUGUAUCUAGUUUACGUGUCUUGUUAGGUUUUUUAUUUUCAAAAUCGACAGGUUGGGCUUUUCCUUCUUUAUUUUUUAGUGAUUCUAUGCAUGAGUGUAGCCAAGGUCUAUCUCCGUUCUUAUUUGCUUUGUUGGUAGUUCAGUCACUCUGUAUUGACGAUAAAUAUAUAUUAAUUUAUGGACAAGAAGAUUCUAAUCAUAAAGUAACAGUACGUAAAGUGACAUUACAACUGUUCAUGUGUCUCAUCAACUAUACAGUUCGAAAUAUUCUUUGGUGGUCUUUAUCUGGUUUGAUAACAGGCUUCCUGGCUACGAUUGCCCUUCAAACGCUCUUGGCUCAUGAAAAACGAGAAGAUUCAGGUAAAGUAAAAGACGUAAUGGAGUUUAUUACCCUUGAAAGAUAUCGACGUACUCCACUUUGGAGAUUGAUUUGGUCCAGUAUGAAAAAAUCAGUCAUGGUAGUCACCCUAACUUUACCCGUCUUGAUGGCCUUGAAUUCUUAUUAUACACAAGAGACUUUAGUUACGUCGAGUGAGUUGAGUACGAUUAUGUCCAAUGAUGAUCAAUAUCUCUUCACCCUUGUCUUCAUGACCGCACCUCGACGAGGUGAUCCAGCUUAUCUGACAAGAACCAUUGAAACCUAUCUGGCCAAUUGGCCAGAGGACCCUUCCCCAGAUUCACCUUAUAGUCAUAUGCAAGCUAUCAUCUAUACUCAUUUCUCAAAUCAUUCUCAAUAUGAUCUCGCCCAAGAUUAUUUUUCAAAGACGACUAAAGGUCAACGUUAUUUAAGAUGGAUACAAGAAGAAGGUAAAGAUUGGAAUCAACGACUUCAUGUCUCAAAGGCUUUAGAUUAUGUAACAAAUACAUAUCAAAGUACCUAUUAUGCAUUAAUGGAAGAUGAUUUCCCUGUGUGUGGUCAACGUGAAUGGCAUGAAAUUGAAAAUAUUAUUUACCAAGCACAUCAAACGAGACCAAAUCAUUGUGGGAUAUUUGUUGGAACAGGUGGAAGCGGUCUUUUCUUGAAACCAGAUGUAGCACGUUUAACGUCAAAAUUAUUAUUAAAAUAUGCAGAUAUGCCACCUGAUAUUAUUAUUCAGAAAUGUUUAAGGGGUCAAUUACCAGAAUGUUCCUUUUGUACUGAUUCAUUAAUUACAAGUAAAACUUUACUCAUGUAUCAUAUUGGUUAUAAUACUUCUACUAGUGCAGAUAGAGUUUAUAAAAAAGAUGAAUUUCAAUGUGGCUGGCGUCAUCCUUUUAAUGGUGAUCCCAGUGUAAUAACAAUUUAA